AUGAAGAAAAAAUCCGAGAAGGCAUCAAACGCGCCGAGUUUGUCAAGAAGGAGAUCGAGGCAUUGUACUUUCUCAAGAAAUAUCGAGCUAUCAAACAGCGAUAUGCUUGAUAGAAGGAACCUUGUUCGAUUUCUGAUCGGUGACACCGUCCGUGGCAGACAGCAUCAUAUCAGAGGUGUACCAGCCACAUGCCAUGGUGGCGAUGUGAACUACGGAAACGCAGAUUACUUCACCUUAGUCGCAGCCAGGCCGUUGGGAAGAGGACUACGAACCAUCUCCAUAGCAGUACUAGAAGGGACGGUCGCUUCCGAGUCCUUUGGUCACGGGUUCGAGACACUCUUCAGAACGCAUUCAGGGAAGUCACCUCAACCCGACUUAGCCACAGAAGGUAAUGAGCUUUCUCUAAAGAUCUUUGAGCCUAUGGAAUUCCCGUCAUGGGUCGCGAGAAUACUGUGGCAUGUCACUGUUCAAUUCAGCAACGAUAUGAACAAGUCUGAUUUCGAGACUAAUCUUGAUCAAGAGCCCAUCUCUCUCGGACAGGAUUAA